AAUAACUGUUAUCCGCAAUAUUGCGUAAUGAAUUAUUAUACUUUUGGCUUGCACCCAUCGACAAGUAGUUGUGAUUGCUUUGAACAUUAAAAACCGAACGAUUUCUGUCACUAGCUGUAUUAUACAACUGUACCUUGCAUAUUAUAAAUUUCAGAUAUGCGAAUAAAAUACAAAAAUAAGAAUGAAACCUUCACAGAGGAUAAUUUAAUUAGCAAGGAGCCGAUUGGACAAUUCAAAGUAUGGUUCGAGGAGGCGUGUAACACUCCGCAAAUUCUCGAGCCUAAUGCGAUGAUUCUCGCCACAGCGACUAGGGACGGCGUACCGUCCGCGCGAGCGGUGUUGCUGAAAGGCUUUGGCACCGAAGGUUUUAGGUUUUACACAAAUUACGACAGUCGGAAGGGCCGCGAGCUGAGUGAAAAUCCACAUGUCGCCCUGACUUUCUACUGGGAGCCUCUCAGACAAAGUGUACGCAUCGAAGGCAUUGCGGAGAAGACGUCGGUGGAAGAUUCGGAUCGUUACUUUCAAAGCCGGCCUUAUGCGAAUCAAAUUGGAUCCACGGCCAGUAAGCAAAGCAGCGUGAUCGCAAGCAGACAGACUCUGAUCGUGAAAGAAAGGGAGUUAGUCGCACAAUUUCCGGAAGGUCAGGUCAAGAGACCCAGCUGCUGGGGCGGUUAUCUCGUCGCGCCACAUUCCGUAGAAUUCUGGCAAGGCCAAAGCGAUCGCCUUCACGACAGAAUUCGAUUCAGACGUUCAAAAGCGAACGAGAAAAUAGACAACAUUCUCGUGCAUAAAGGCGAAGAUGGAUGGGUUUAUGAAAGACUCUCGCCAUAGGAAACAUUCACAAGUUUUAUUGAUAAAAUAUGAGCAACAGCUCUCGACGGUGAAAGCUUUACGAGCAAUAAAUAAUUGAAAGAGUUUCAUCGUCGAAAGCAAAAAUCGUUGAUUACAACAUUCCAAUUGAUGCCUCACAUGUCCACGAAGACAAUAAUGUUCCACGCUAGGUGUAAUAGCGUCUUUAAUGCGUUUUACUCGUGAGCCUCAGAAUUUCUCUGUUCACUCCUGCAAGAUGUAAUUAAUAUUGUUAAGUCGAUACAAAAAAUAUAUUUUUUUGUGAUCAUCGUUAA